ACAAUCAGACCUCCGUAAUCUGCACAACAAGGUUCUGGACUAAAAUUAGCUGCAGAUUAGCACAAUGGAAGAGGUGCCAGGACCUGCUGUAGACAAGCUGCAGAUCUUUGAGCCAGGAGGAUCCAGAUGCAAGCUGAAGACUCGCCAUGCCCCUCUGGACAAAUACUUUGAGGCUCUGGUCACGGGAAACCUCAAGAAGCUCAAAGCUCUGGUCGAUCAGUAUUACGAAGAUGUCAAUGUGGUCUUUGAGAUCAGUAAAAAUGAGCUGGAAUGGCAGGUGAAAAAGAAAGCUGCUUAUGGACUGUCAGGCCUCUGGUCUCUGGAAUACAAGAGGGAUCUGACCAACCCGCUCUGCAUCUCGGCCAUCCACGGACACACUGCCUGCCUUCGCCACCUGCUCUUCUGGCGAGCAGACCCAAACGCGGCUCCAGGAGGACGGAGCGCCCUGCAUGAAGCCUGCCAGAGGGGCAACAGAGAAUGCGCAGAGUUGCUACUGGAACACAAGGCUAAUCCCAAUCUUCUGAGUGAUGAUGGGCAAGCACCUCUGCACCUGUGCACCAGCCAGAACACCUUAGGGUGUGCUAAAGCUUUGGUGACCUUUGGUGCCCUGGUAAACCAGCCAAGUGAAGAAUCCCAAGAAACACCUCUUCAUGUAGCAGCUAAGCAUGGUCUUCCCGACCACACGCUCCUGUACCUGCGGUGUGGUGCUCUUGUGGACCAGAAGAACAGCCAGGAGGAGACCGCACUCAGUGUGGCUUGCAGAGAAGCAAAGAACAGGGAGAGCCAGGAGAGCUACUUGCAAGUAUGUCAGCUGCUGCUGGAAUAUGGAGCAGAAGUCAACACUGUGGAUGAAGAAGUGAAGACUCCGCUUCAUAAAGCCUGCGGGAAUGCUCACCACAGCUUGGUUGAGCUCCUGCUGCAGAGGAAAGCCGAUGUCAACGCCAUCGAUUACAAUGGGGCAUAUCCAAUGUCCUGUGUCCUGCAGACUGCAGCUUUCAAGCAAGAGCAGAGGCCCCAUCUCACAGUACAGACCCUGAUAAACCACGGCUCUCAAAAACUGUGGCCCACAGCUUUCAUCAAGGUGCUGAAAUCUUGUGCUUCUGUGCCAGAGAUUAUUGAAAUCCUUUAUAAUUCUUACCCUCAUCUUCCCAUCUCUGAAAAAUGGCUGGAAGUCAUCCCAAAUGAAGAAUUUCAGAGGCAUCUAUCUUUCUAUGAGUCCUUCCAGAAUCAGAUGUACAAGGUCCGGUGUCUGCAACAUUUGUGCCGCUGUGCCAUCAGGAGAAAAUUUGGCAGUAGGUGCCAUUUUCUCAUCCCCUUACUGCCUGUUCCCAAACCACUACAAAAUUAUCUACUGUUAGAACCUGAGGGAAUCUUGCUUUGAAUAUCUUGUACCAAGCCACCAAAUCUCACCAUUAUAUCUUGGUCCUCAUUGGCGUAUGAUAAAUUAAUUGCUUAUGAAUACAGUAAAGGUUUUCCCCAUUUUCUAACAAAUAAGUGCUUUCAGGGGUUUACAUUAAUAAAACCACAGAUUAUUACAAUGACUUGAAGCUUUUAUUUGUAUACCAUUUCUGUAAAAUGUACUUUGGAAAUCUUUUGAUGCAGUUUUGUUUGUGCAGAUUUUAGUGAACUGUUAAUACAAUAUAAAUAGCACAAAUAAUUCACAGUAACAAGAAUAGAGGCUUUGGAACAUUUAGGUAAAUAAAAUUUCAUACUCAAGUGCUGAA